UCACAGAGGAAGGUGGGCGGGGCUGCUGUGGAGCAGCUGUGAGGAUCGAUCGUCCACAUUGUUUUGAAAUAAGUCGCCGUGGCAUUUGACAGAAACCCGGGGAGGCUUGGGUCUGAUCCUGCGGGACCGGGAUGGGUGGAAACAGUCCGAGUCGCUUCUCUGCGGAGGAUGAUGAAGGUGGAGGAGGAGGAGGGGUAACUUUUGUGAAGGGCAUACGGCUGUCGGACAAAGUCAUCGACCGGAUGAAGCACUCGGCAAAGGCCAGCUGUCCUCACCUCUCACCUGAACCACAGGCCCAGGUGGCCACCCCUGUUCCUGCCCCACCUGUCGAACACUUGCUACCUCUCCUGACUCCUCCCCCUCCUCAGUUCGUACCCACUCCUCCUCCUACUCCCUCCCGAGAAGCUGCGCCCACGUCUCCAUCAGUGGAGGCUGCUCCUCCUGUGAAACUCCUCCCCCCUCCUCCCGUGACGUUCCACUCCCUUCCUCCAGCUUCUCUGGAUCCUGCAGCGCCUCCUCCAUCUCUGGGACCAGAACCCCCUUCUGGCCCUUCUUCAAGGCCUGACAACCCUGAAGUGCCCGAUUCUCUUGCUCCACCUUCUACAGUGGAGCCAAUAGUCCUACCACCACCUCAAUCCUUCAUCCUUCCUCAUAAAGAGCCAGAAGGUCAGACUGCACCUCAGCUAGAAGAACACAUAAAGGAACCAGUCGUUCUCGCUCCAAACUGGGAGUCAUCUCCUUCGCCGGAGCCUCCAUCUCUUUCCUGUGAAUUAGUGACACCGACGCCUACCCAACCGGCUGCCUUUGAGCCUCUUGAGUCUGCAGCCGCAUCACCUCCUCCAGCCGAAACGGUUCAGGUUUCCCCCUCGCCUCUUGAUUCAGCCACAUCUGGAGCGUCUCUGUCGGAGGUGGAGGCGGAUCCCCUUGUUGAAGGAGUGCGUUCUUCAUCUCCUCCAGAGCCUUGUGCAGAAGGCGCUUCGCCGCCAUGUCAGUGUGACGACGUCGCUGUGGUCCACACCCGUGUUCCUGGAAACGUUCCCCCUCCAGAGCUGGAACCGCCGCCUCCUAAUGAGCCACGUCCCGUCGCCGCAGAGCCCCCAGGGGCCACCUUUCUGCCUCCUGUCGAUGAAGAGGAAGAACCUGCCACUGUACCGUCGCCUGCAGCAGGAGUGGUGGAGGAGGAGUUGAGGCAGAAGAUCAGAGCAGAGCUGCAGAAAAGUCUGGAGGAGGAGAUCAACCAGAAGAGGCAGGAGCUGCAGCAACAGCUGGAGGAGGUGCGGGCUCUGACCCGAGCCGAGGCGACGGCGGCAGCUCAGGCUCAGGUGGCGCAGCAGGUGAGGAAGACUCUGGAGGCCGAGAGAGCGUCGCACAUGGAGAAGCUGACUGAGUCCAUAGCCAGAGAGAAGGUGAAGGCAGAGGAUGAGAAGCUCAUGGUGCAGCUUUAUUGGAUGGAGCAGAAGGCCCAUCAGCUGGAGGAGAGAGAGAAAGAGAUGAAGAAGCGGGAUGAGCUCUACAAGGAGCAUGUUUCCAAGCUUGAAGCAAAGUGUGCAGAGUUUUACAAAGUUUCCUCUGAAAACUUCCAGAAAGGCAAGGAAGAGACUCAGAAGCGUUUUGCACGGUUUAACAUCCAGCCCCUGUGCGGAGACCUUCAGGGUCAGAUACUGAAAUGCUACAAGGAAAACCCAGGGAGAACUCUGACCUGCUCAGGUAUCGCAUCGGCCUACAUGCAGUGUGUGGACAACGCCAAAAAAGAUAAACGGAUCACUGGGGGUUAAAGGGAACAUAUUUGCAGCUGCAACAAGAUUUAAAAAAACAACUAAUCAAGACACUGCAAUGUGUGGAAAAGUAAAUUUCUGCCUCUUUGCAUACCUGAAGAUUUUUUCCACAAAACAGCGUUGUGUAGCAAUCCAGUGUCUUUGUCGUGUCACGUGCACAAACCAGUUUAGCUUUAAAUGAAUGACACUCAGUAUGGAUCACUGUAAAACCAACUGUGCCACUACAGUAGAAAACAGGAUUUAUUAAUGCAAAGGAAAUAAAGAUGUAUGUCACCGAUUAGUUUAAUCAAUAUGUAUGAGUGCCUUGAACGUAGGAAAACAGAUUAAUGAAAAAACUAUGCAAGGAGAUGGUGUUCAUGCUUUAGAAAAAUAACAACCGAUUGCAGCAGCAAAGUCUCAACAUAGAGGAGGAGUUUGAGGAGUUCAAUGUCUAAGAAAAAGCAGGCUAAAUAAAGCACUACCAGACAAAAACUGA